AUGCAGGAUCUGUUUGUCGACUUCCUCGUCUCGCCUCCCCUAAGAGACGCACCGCCCCCCAAGGCCUACUUGGUCUCCCUCCUCAAGUGCCUCUACGCGGCCGCGGAACUCCGGCAACUCCCCCUUUCUGACCGAUUCGCCGCAGCCGUUUUUGAACACGUGAGCGCGUACAGCAAAUGCGACGACCUCGCUGAUAAGCCGUUUGUGUCUUACGAGACGCUCGACGCCGCACGCCCUCCUCAGGUCUUCACGUUCCGGACUCUGCCGUGCCGCAAUGAGCUCGGCCUGCGCACCUGGACCGCCGGAUUCUUCCUCGUCGAGUACCUCGCCUCCUACGGCCAUCAGUUUCGCUGUCUCUCUUGUCUCUGUCCUUCUCUCGCUGGCGCAUCCUCUCGCGUGCCGCAAGGCGACCUCGAAGCGCUCGCGUCUGCGUGCGCUUCGCUCCGCUUCCCCUUUUCUUCCGCCACGGGAGCUCAGUGCUGUUGCGGCGCCGCCUGGUCCCGAACGCGAGCGCACGGAGAGCGAAACGCGGGUGGCGAGGCGACCGCGGGGCGCGCCUGUCCGAACGAUACUUGCUGCCAGGCGGGCGAGCAAAACUCGGAGCGAUCGUGGAGUCGGAGGAUGCUGGAGAAAAUCGAAGCGGCCCAACCUGGCGUGCUGCCGGAGCCACCCGUGGAAGCAGGCGAACGCGGGAAAGGGCCAGACACAGGCGAUGAGGACUUCAGCGACAACGGCGGCGUGACGGGGAGACGCACUCCUCACUCUCGUCAGACUCUUUCUUCUUCUUUGGCUUCGUCGUCCCCUCCUUUGGCGCCCCUGUCUUCUCGGUGCCGUGCAGCCUUUGCUCCGCUGAGUGUUUUGGAGCUGGGAAGUGGUCUGGGGGUAACGGCGUCGGUUCUCUGUGCGCCUGCACGGGCUUCUUGCUUCCAAGGCGAGUCUGGGCCAGACGAGGCGACCGCUGGGGCAUCGGGGAGCGCAUUCAGGGACUCUGAACUUCGCGUCUCUGCUUCCUUGCCGUCUUCCGACUCCUUAGGCGCUUUCUCGGCAGUCGCGGCGUCUCCGCCCGCUUUGGGAUGCACCACAGACGCGCGUCUGUCGUCCUGCUGCGUGUACGUCGCUUCCGACUUUUUACCGAGCAUCUUGUCAAAUUGCGCCGCGAACCUGCGCAGGAACGCAGUUGUCGGGUUCGCCCAGUCUGCCCGAGAAGGCCUGGACGAAGCCGACGCGCACGCCUCGGACGAGACAGAGGCGAAGGCCCAGGAGCGCGGGGCAAGAGACGCACGAAUAUCCGACGGGAAGGUGGAGGCCGGGGGGGGGAGCUCCGAGACGUUGCAGCGAGCGGAGGGAGACACGCAAGAGGAGACGGGGAGGGAAGGGAAAGUGGAGACGAACUCCGCGCGCCAGGGAACAGCGCGAGGAGGGACAAAGAGAGCGCGCGUUCUGUGUCCACGCGUUUUCCUCGAGCUCUUGGACUUUGCCGACGCCAAACGCCGCGCCCCGGCACUGCUCAAGAAGAUCUGCGAGGCGACCGGACGAGAAGCCGCGCGACGGCAACUCUGCGCUGGCCCACAUUCGAGGCCUUGCGCCGCUUCCUCGGCACCUCCUUCCGGAUCCACGUCGGGCGUUCUCCUCAUUGUCGGCUCAGACCUCAUCUACGACGAAGGCCUCAACGCACUGCUCGCCAGUGCGCUCUCGACUCUCCUUCGCUGUCCGCUCGAGGAGGACGAGAAGAAAGAAGGACAGAGCGCGGAGGGAGAGAAACGCGGACACAGCGAAGAGAGCGAGAAGCGAGGAGAGGGGGCGAGAGGCGAAUGGCGGCGCAUUUGCGUUCUCUGUUCCGCAAUUCGAGAAGAGGCGACGCGCGAGCAUUUUCUGAAGGAGCUAGACAAGCACGGUCUUGUCCACGUAGAGGAUCGAAGGCCUGUCGCGCGCGUCCUGCCCUACGAGCGGCGCAGAGUCGUCGUGGACAUUAUCGUCCCUCGAGAAGCUUUGUAG